AUGGUGAUUGGUAACAUCUGUGUUGAAGACAACGUCAUACCAGCACUGUUCGACACGGGAGCAGAGGUUUCCCUCAUCUCAAGACAAGCACUUCAACGACUGGCCCCCACUGCAGAAAUCUACACCAACUCUGCCCAUCACAUUAUAGUGGCUGACGGUGGUGCUUUGAACGUCGACGGUAUCGUCAUGCUCAAGGUCUCCACCAACCGUAUUACGAUCUACGACGAGUUCAUCGUGGUGUCUGAUGACUUAUAUGUCCCGGUACUACUUGGUUGUCCUACCAUGGGUAAGUUACGCACCACCAUCCGCGUCAGCCCACACGGUAUGCAUGUUACUACUAACGACGAGCACGACUUCAGCCCUUACUCGGCUCCUAAAGAAGUACGGUUCAAUGACAACUACUCUACAGCUAACCAGCUGGAGAAAGACCAACAGGAGAUCACGGCUAUGUACGUGAUCAACCAUAUACGUCAACUAUUCCUACUUCAAGACUCUGGUACCGAGCCAUCUGAAGCGGAUCUACACAAGGCCCUUUUCCCUACGACGAGGACUUACCCAGACGACUUGUUUGUGGGCCAGGCCGACU